UGAUUCAAUAACAACAACAACAACAAUAAUAACAGCAAAGGCAAACGAUGCGUGAAGUCUUACAGAUAACAACAUCAACUCAUAUAUAAAUUUCUUAAUGAUAAAAUCAUGGAUAUUUUAAAGGCAGAGCUAGAGAGAAAGAAACGGCAGCUGAAGGAAAAUAGUGAUAUCAUGGCUCCUGAUAAGAAGUACUUUAAACGAGGGGAUCUGGCAGCUAAACAAGCAGAAGAGUAUUGGAGUCGUCACAGGCGCAGUGUGCGAGUGGAGAGUGUGGAAGUUAUUGAGGAUCCCAAAACAGAACAAAUGUCUGGAAAUGAUAAGAAAACACAGGAACAGAUGGUUGUUCACAGAAAAGAGGUUAUCCGUCGCCUUCGAGAUUUAAAAGAACCCAUCUUGCUAUUUGGUGAGUCUGAGUAUGAUGCCUUCGUGAGACUGAAGAGACUGGAAGCCAUGGAACCGGACUUCAAUAAAGGUAUGGGUGCUGGUGCGAAUGACUUCAAAGCUGCAAUGGACAGAGUUGAGGAGGACUACAUGGAGGAAAUCAUGAAGUCCACAGAGGGGGACGGGGGCAGCAAGAGUAAACACACAGUCUCCAUCAAGGAUGAUGGGACCACAUUAGACGAUUUAGAGCAAUGGAAGGAGCAGCUGGGUAAAGGUGACAGCAACAAAGACCAAGACAUCAUCCUGAGAUACCUCAAGUUUGUUCUCACCACAUGGGGACUGGAUAUCAACAAGAAAACGGUUGAAGAGAAGCGAAGUCUUAAAGGACGUAUGAACGCUGCCAUGCACCAACAGACUGUGACCUACAUGAAGCCAAUGUUCAGGAAACUCAAGUCCAAGACCAUGCAGGCGGAUAUCUUGGAGUGCCUGGUUCAAAUCAUGGGCUACUUGCUGGACAGGCACUACCUUAAGGCAAAUGACUCUUACCUGGAGAUGGCCAUUGGUAAUGCUCCAUGGCCCAUCGGAGUUACCAUGGUGGGUAUCCAUGCCCGUACGGGCCGAGAGAAGAUCUCAUCCAGAUAUGUGGCUCAUGUGCUCAACGACGAAACACAGAGAAAAUACAUUCAGGGACUGAAGCGUAUCAUGACCCAGGCUCAAGUGUUCUUCCCCACAGAUCCUUCCAGAAGUGUCAACUUUGAGCCUAUCCACCACUGAAUGAACGUGUUGAAAUCUUUAUUUGACUGCAUGGAUAUAUUCAGAAUAUGAUUUUCAUGUCGAAAGUAAUAUUUCUGGUAGUGAUCAUACGGUUUGCACAGAAGACAAUACGACUUUGAAUGGCGUUACUAUAUUUGAGAUUUGACUGUGAAACAUGACAAAUAUAUACAGAGUCAGGUUUUAAUGACAGUGUUUAUCAAAAAGUGUAUUAGGUAAUGUACUGAAAUGCUUUCUUUACUGUUAUUCGUUACAAGGUGCUGGAUUAUGUUAAUGUAUAGUACAUUACUCUAUUGAUGGAUGAAUUCUAACAAAGGUCAUAUGAGCCACGUCAUGUGAAAAUGUGUCUUAUGCCAUAUGAAGCCACCGUAGCUACUGAACAGCCUGCGCAAUUGCGGCUCAUAUCGGAUCCACGGAACUUGCAAGAAUACUAGUGCUUUUGGUGACCAUUGAAUCAGUUCUGGCGCACAAUAUAGUUGCCUUGUUAUGUAUGAAUGUCAGUCCACAUGCUUGUUUGUGUUUGAAUUCCCAUUGUGAUAUAAGUAAAAAUUGAGACGCGCUA